GCAGGAGACGCGAUUUCAAUAAUAGAAAUAGCAUAUCACCCAAAGCUACCUAUACUGUAAUUUGUUUACCUCGGCCGCCGAAAACACGUGUUUUUUUCCGACCGACUGCAUUCGCCGACUCGCGGCCCCAGAUGACGUAAUCAACAAAUAAUUGGCCAAUUAAGAUAAUAAAAAUGAUUGUUGGAACAAUUUAAGAAAAAAACAGGUAACACUAUCUAAUUUUGUUAUUUAAUAAUGUCAAAAAUUCGUCUUAACGACCUUAGAUGGGGACUUUUUACUUUAUGACGUCAUGUGUGCCAACAGUUUUCAAGAGGAAGUAUAACAGUGGAAUAAAACUACCUCUAUUUGUAACUUGUUCGCCAUUUCUGUCGACAUUUGACUGCUACCAUAUCCCAAACUCUGACUGUACCCGGUGUUCUAUAUACUCUGGCGACGAGUUUCACCACGCCGCUAGACCAGCACGACUCGACGGUAACCAUGGCGACAAACCUCACCACGCCGCUAGACCAGCAAUUCGGCUUGUUUCCCGCUGAGCUGAUAAGGGUGCGCUCAGGGACGCUCGCCUUCUUGAUGGUUGUGGGUUUCGUAGGGAAUUUCCUGACAUUGGUAGCCAUCAAACGCACUCCUAGUCUGCAUAAUGCCACCACCGCAUUCAUCGCCAGUCUGGGUGUAGCAGAUCUGAUGUUCUGUGCGCUGGUCUUGCCAUUGGAUAUUGUCCCCUUCUCCGAGAGCAGCUGGCUGAACGGCAACAGCGUCCUCUGCGUCAUGCAGACCUUUCUCAAAUAUCUAUCGGUGAUGGGUUCGCUAUUCUCCAUCAGCCUGAUAUCGUUAAACAGGUUUGUGUUGAUCAUCUGUCCUCCUGGCGUCUAUCACCGGCUGUACCAGAGACGGUGGGUAGCGGCGCAGAUCGCCGGCAUCUGGAGCUUCAGUCUCGUCAUGCUGACCCCCACCCUGGCCGGCGCCUGGGGCCGGUUCGGCUACCUGCCGCGGCUGCGGUGCUGCGCCAUCCUGCCGGUCAACGGUCGCUCUCCCAACGUCGCCCUCUUCAUGAUCACCUUCCUGGCGCCGUGUGCCGUCAUCUCUGUCUGCUACCUGGCCAUCCUGAUCGCCGUGAUGAGGUCGAACAGGCGGCAGCGGCAGUACUUAGCGCCACAAAACGGCGAGGUCAGCAGCCAGCACGCCCUACGCCAGCGACGCCACGAGGUGCGCGUCACCAGAAUGUCCCUGGCCGUCUUCAUGGCCUUCAUCGUGUGCUUCACGCCGCUCACGAUCAUUAACAUCUGGGACGUCGGCUUCAACCACCCAGUGUUGCACGUGGUCGGGUACGUGAUAAUGUGCGCCUCGAGCUCCAUCAACCCCAUCAUCUACGUGGCGCUGAGCCAGCAGUACCGGCGUGCCUACUGGUCAUUGUUCAGCUGUGGAAAGCCGCGACGCGGCCCAGAGACCUCGUCAAACGGCCCCGCACUCACCUACGUCACCGGCCUCAGUCACCAAUAAAGUAAACAGCCACGCCGUGGGUCUGGGUGGAGGGUCCGCCAGCGCGGGACCGUGAACAUGUUCCGCUCGGCACAACCGGUCAGAGAAGUAACAGCGAAUCGUCGUCUGGCCGCGAGGAAAUACGAGUGAUAUAGUGACAGUGUCCAGUUUGUGCGGUCAGGGCCGGCAACGGAUAAUCCAGAAGAACCACGGAGACUGUUGUUUCUCGAUCCGCUGCAAUAGACUCAUUUCAUGUACAGAUGCGGCACGUUAGCCCAGCAACACAUUGGCGGGACAGAUUAGACAUGCUUGGGUCUUCUUGCUUUGUGUUGCAUGCGCGGCGCGCGCUGUCAUGCUUAUUGUUUACACCAUUUAUAACAUGAAUUAUGAUAUCCAUGAUGUAGUAAAUGUGUACGAAACAAACGUUGAAACGGAUUAAGCGUGCACGAACUAUAAGAUGUCUGUCAGCCAUGAAGACGCGAUGUGAUCAUGCCAUAAUGCACGUUUCGUCCGGCAAAUCACCGAACCAGAAAGAUGGGCAUCGAAUUCAUAUGUUGCAUUGAAAUCGAUUUGCACCACACGUAUGAGUGCUGAGCAUGCUUGUACCCAACGUAAGCACCGGCUCUUUCAAUUCUGAAGUCCCGUAAGUCGCACUGAUUAUUGAAUGCUUUGGAAAAAAACCGUGAACCGUGACGUUUCUAAUUCGAUCCCCGAGACAUAGGUACUAACUGUUAUUAUUGUUUCUUUGAACGUUGUUGGUCAAUCGAGUCAUACAGUGACCUUCUCUUUGAAAUGCUUAUAUGCUUCACGCCUGGAAUACCUAUUUCGCAGAUGUUAUUUCCUCAUGGGCACAAGCAGACUGGUGUUUGAUUCAUCUGUGAUUGAAUCGAUUGGAUUGAAUCAAACAAAAUUUGUUGAAUCAAAAAGGUUUGAUAAGAUUCACCGUCAGGAUUGUUUGAUUCACAAGCCAUGAUUGAAUCAAACGCAUUGGGAAUCAGGGUUGAUUGAAUAAAAAAAAAAGAUUCAUGAACUUAAAAAAAUUGAAGUGAACGAACAUAGUUCAUUAUCAACAAUAUUAGCACUACUGCCAUUACAUGACAACAAAAAGAACACAACAAAUACAAUACUAUCCCUGAUAUUUUGUAUAUUUUAUUUUUUAAUUGAAUCAAAAAAGAAUCAUUAAGAAAAAUGGCUGAAUCAAACGUGAAUCAUUCCUUUUAUUGUUUUUUGAUUCUCUGUAUCAAAAGGAAUCGAUUCACCAAAUUUUUUGAAGGAAUCAAACGGUGAUUGAAUCAAACAAAAAUCAAAUGAAUCAACGAUUGAAUCGAUCCAAAAAAGGUGAAUCAAAAACCAGUCUGAGCACAAGUUGGUUAAAAUUUUGUCAUUCACUCCGCAUCAAAGCUCUGAUAAAAUAAGAGUCCUAUACCUAUUUCAGCAUGAAAACGCGAAAAGCAGACACCCCAGGGCAUUAUAGAUCCCAUUAUUCUGCGUAAUUAAAUGCAAAACAAAGUCAUUCAAUGAGUAACUACUCCGCUGUUUACUGCGUAAUUACUCCGCCGUUCAGCUGUUCAUUUGGAAUGCGUUUCCCGCUCAGCACUUUCAAUUUAGAUAAAGUACCGAUUUUUUCCGCUAUUAUGCCUACGAUAGCUAUAACUCGCCAAUCGCCAUACUGUCUGCAUUAGCCUUCCAUUCAAUUGAUAAAAAAUGUUUUUGUUUCCUCGUAUCUUUUAUUUGUUUUGUAUAAAUAAUAAAAUCUGGCCGGCCAGCGCCGUCGGCAAUCGAGUGGGAUA